AGUGGUAUCAAUGCUGGGACUGCUGGCAAAAUUUUGGUAAUUGUGUCACGGUAGAACUUUUUCGUCGUGUGGAGACGGAAUGUUUAUGCCAAUCGUUUCACGGCAAAACCAGUAAGUGGAGCGUAUCAUAUAACCUUUGUUUUAUGGUGUAAUAUGAGUGAAGUCGACAUUUCUAAUAAGCUGGACGAUGAACGAUCAACCACGGUUUGGCACAGUAAUUCAGCCGCAGGGAAUACGGAUUCAAUGAAUACAGUGGACGGUCCUCUAAAGGAAAUAGAUAUGAAAAUACUUGCGAAUGACACGAAGCAAAGAAGCCUACCUCCAUCCCACGUAGUGAAUCCAUGGAAUACGAACGCAAAAAGCAAGACUGAUAAGGGAUAUGAAAAAGUACCACAUCAGGAACGGCUCCAAAAACCAGAAACAAAGAAGGCUAAUCAAGAAAAGUUAGCAGAUUUUGAAAGUUGGCCAAGCUUGAGGGAAACAAAGGAAAAUAUCAAUGAUUAUAAGAACUCAAAUCCCACAGAAGUCUCCAACAGUUCCAAUGAAGAAAACAUUAAAACAACAUCUCGGAAGAAAGGAAAUCGUCAAAAAUGGGUUCCCUUACCACUUGACCCUAAAGGAAAUGAGGGAGAGAACUUGAAUUCUGAGGAUAAUCAAUACAGUCGACGUUCACCAAGCUGGCGUGGUGGUGAAAGAAGUCGAGGUAGGAGAGGUGCUGGUGGUAUAUAUAGAGGUGGGAGAGGACGACGUGGAGGAGGAAGAGGUUUUGAUCGUCGGAUUCAGUACGCUAACAACUCAUAUCAAUUCUCUUAUCUCACUCCUUAUGAUACGACAAUGUAUAUGGCUCAGACCUUCUCAGGAAUUUGUUACUAUGACAAUAGUAAUUAUAGUAACAUGCUUGACCAGUCAUUGUUGAAAGAUGACAUUAGAAGACAAAUUGAAUACUACUUCAGCACUGAAAAUUUGGCGAAGGAUGUGUAUCUCAGGCAACAGAUGGAUGCAGAAGGUUAUAUUCCAUUGAGCUUGAUAUCAAGUUUUUUCCGUGUACAAGCAUUAAGUCAAGACAAAGAUCUUAUUCGAGAGGCAAUGUUGGAGAGUGAUAAGGUUGAAGUGAAAGAUGAAUUAUUGCGCAGUCUAGAGGAUCCUACAAAAUGGCCAGUUUUAGUUUCUCGUAAUGUAUCCGAAACAAAUGGAAUUGCUGAGAAUAAAAAUGCUCAAGUUGUAAAUAAGCCUGAGAAAGAGACAAAUAGCGAUGAUGGCACUACUCAGUUAUUACAUGUCAAUCCAGAAAUUAAAGGUAUUGGAAUAUCAUGUAGGACAGAACCUUUUGCUAAAGACCCCGAACCUGUUGAUCUGUAA